GUUACUCAACAAUAUUACACAGAACGAGCCCGAGGGCACAAUGAGGCUGACACGUCCACUGCACACAUCAGCUGAGGCAGACCGCUAUGGCGAACACGCUGGUGUCAGCCAUCUGUUCAUGCCAUCCUCACAUGGAUUGGACUGCGGCGUAGUCUUGUGCAGCCUGCAUCGAAGCUCACAGUCAUCAUGGGUUUCCUCGGCGACACCAUCCGGUCUAUCAAAUGUAGGGCGAAAGAGACCGCCAAUGCUGAUCUGCUACCGUCCGGAGCGGAGAGGCAGACGUUCGAGGAACAUAGAGACGAGUAUCGUUUUCUCGCCCCCGUGAUACAGAUCGGGGAGCCUAUUCGUGCUGAGCGACAACGCGAGCCCGGGUUGCGCGUGUACAGGAAGAUCAUCGAGGACCUCAAGAACGCUGCUAAGAAGCAAGAGCCCGCAGACUUGCCCUUCGAAAGCACAAGAGUCGAUAACAACGAGCUCGAGAAGCAAGCUCGGUAUAAGGCCGACGUUCCCGAAUAUGUGGCGAACCCCGAAAAAGAUGGGCUGAAGGACGCGGAUCCCGCCUUUGUCAACAAGAUUCUCAACUGGGCGGAGGACAAGAUAUUGCCAGUGCAAGGAGCUAAACAUCUCGAGGCCCCGAGUCAACUAGGCUUGGCCGGUUCGCCCACAUUAUGCCACAUUCCGCUCGACGCACCGUGCCUUGCGCCCGAGCCUGAGCCGAAGAUCGCUACGACCCCCUCUCUCCAGCCGUCAGCAUGUGAGUCUCUCGUCGACGUUCCGGAGGCGAAGUGUGCGCCCCCGAGUCUCCCCAUCCUCAGAGCAUCCGACUUCCGCCCAUUGAAGCUCUUGGGGAAAGGCGGCCAAGGCACAGUGCUUCUCGUAGAACACAAGCUGGCCGGGACGACCCACGCUCUCAAGAUCAUGGCGAAGCACGUGGCGAAAACUGAGGACAAGGAGAACAGGUCCCCGGGACAGAAGUCGAAGGACCAUCCGAACGACAGCGAUCAGGGCCGAGACGCUCGCAGGGCGGACAAGGCGCAUAAGCGGAUCUAUGAAGAGCAGGCGAUCAUGCGCUCUCUUGCUGUCUUUCCGAGGGAGAAGAUCUCGUGUUUCUUAGAUUUCGAGGCCUCAUUUCAUGACAACGCGCACUUUUUCUUGCUUACGGGUUACGCGCCCAGAGGUGAUCUAUGGACCGAGAUGGAGCGGUACAAGGCAACCGGAAUGUCCGAGGCUAUGAUCCUAGGUUAUGCGGCGGAAAUCGUACAUGUCCUCACGGUUCUCCACUCGUUCUCCGUACUCCACCGCGACUUCAAGCCGGACAACAUCCUCAUCGACGCACACGGACAUCUCCUCCUCGCGGACUUCGGCAUCUCGCGCGCCUUCGAUCUCCCUGCGGUUGCCCGGCCGUGGGUCCAGGAUGAACCUGCUUCCACCCUCAAGCUGCACGUACCUGUGGUCGUGAAACACGUUUCCGGAUCGUCUCUCGUCCUCUCAGUGCCCUCGUCCGUGGAUGCUCCUCAGGCCGAGUCUGUCGAAUCUGCUGCCAUGCAUCACAUCGCUGCUGCACCGACGCCCGUCAACACCGAGGCUGCCGACAGCCCGGAGCGCGCCGGGCGCCGCAGAGAAGAGCAGUUUCGCGAGCAAGAGGAACGUGAUGCCCUCGCACGCCAUGCACGACUCCGUGUGGAGGUCGAGGAGCUCCAGCACCGCAAGAACCUCCUGCGCAAGCUUGUCCGCGAGCAGCUUGCCGUGCGGCACAUGACCCUGAAUGUGUGCGGCACGCCUGGCUUCGUCGCGCCCGAGGUCUACAGGGGCCCUGCCUACUCGUAUGGCGCGGACGUGUGGGCGGCGGGCGUCAUCGUGUACAAGAUGGCGUUCGGCAAGCUGCCGUUUGGGCUGACGAAGAAGAUGGAGAUGCAGGACAGGGUGAAGCAGACUUGCCUCAGCCCUCUCGAGUUUCCCGAGGACAGCCGCAGAAGCGCUAGUCCUGCGUUCAAGGACCUUCUAUCCAAGAUGCUCGAGAAGGACCCGUCGAAGAGGCCUCAAGCGAAGGACCUCAGGCUUCAUCCUUACUUCGCCGUCAUAGACUGGGACGCGAUUUCCCUAAGAGAAGGCUCAGGCCCUGGUGCUAACGCACAUGCCACGCAGAAGAAGGCAGACAAGAAGCUUGCCAUCCCGGAAGGAGCGUCCUACGCGCCUGGAGAGGAUCCUGCACCGUGGAUGGACUGGAUCGCUCCCACACUUCGCGACAAGUUCGCAGCUCGCUCUACAGUGAACUCUCCCGAAACGACCACACAGGAAGGAUCGCUCAGUGUAGCCGCCUCGUCUAUGACGAGGUCGAGGUCAUCCCGGUUGAUGCAGCGGUGCAAAUCGAUGUGGAAGCUUUCGGCGUAGAAUUAUGUCGGAUCGGUCUAGUAUUAUACGCAUUGAUUGUCGCGCCCACGUACAUGUAUGUACGUAUACAACCGUUAUGAGCUUCACCCUACUUAUCGCUAUUAUUUCCGAUCCCUCUACUUUGGGUGCUAAUUCGAGACUCGGUGCGCCGGCCGCUCGGUUUCACGUGCGACACUGUUCUAGCCCCUGGCCAACCUAAUCAGUCCGAGUCGUCA